AUGGCUUCGAGACUAGAAUCUGCUGCGUCAUGCAGUGGACUUUUGGCAAGAGAAUCAACGUGGCAGGCAUCCGCAGAGAGUUCAUGGAGAAAGGCGGGAUUCACCGAGGCGCAAGAGCAGGUGUUCAAGGGGUGUACGAGAAGAAGGAAAGAAUAUAAAGCUAACAGGUCCCCUUUGGAGAUUGGAUGGAUGAUGCAAAGUGGUCCGAGGUUGGGAACAGCCACUCGUUCCACAUACGUAUUUGCGUUUCUUUUCAUUCCAGAGACACGGAGUGUGUUGAUAGAGGAUAUGCAUUUGAUAUUCGGACCUAGUGUUUCAAUUUUCACAUCCAAGGCGCAGAAGAACUACAAUGCGCAUCGAAAUGAUCGGCUUGAGUCGGUGAUUCAACCAAGGAAGGACGAGGUCAAUUUUCGAGCCCUCGGAAAACGUCGAUGCGUAAUUUCUUAA